AUGUGGUACCGUCGAGUAGAUACGUUUUUCUCGCUAGCUGAGCGGACGGGACUUACGGACAAAUCAUCUACCAAUCGAAGUACCACAAUGGAUCGCAGAUCAAAUAGAGCCAGCUCAACACGCAGCACCGUCACCAAAGUGUUUGCGCUGCUACUCGUCAUAUGUCUCGCUGAAUGUGCUACAGGUUCCUGCUUAAGUUACGGCCAUUCCUGCUGGGGAGCUCACGGCAAGAGAUCCGGCAAGCCUCCUGCGUCAGCCCCUGAUUGGUACCUCACCAGGUUGCUGCGACGCAUGGCUGCUAACGCUGAACUGAACCACGUGAACCAGUUGACUAAGAAUGACGACAUCGACGCUAUUUUCCAAAUGAACAUGCCAGACGACUCGCCCGCGACUAACAAACUGAUGCUCGAAAAUGAUGACGGACCUGUAGAACUGCCAUUCAGCCGAAAUGUGGAAGCGAAGCCCAUGCUGGACGACGACCUGUUAUCUAAGAUGAAAAUGUGGCAAAUCAUGAGAGAGUCGCCUGAAGAAAAGUAA